AAUAAGUCUUGUAUGUAACAUGAAUGUAUAUAUAUAUAUAUCGAAGGGAUGGGGCAGCUCAUCGUUUUGCUUGAAAUUGGUAGAGAGUGCUUAUUCUGUUCUCCUGAUAUAAAUAUCAGUGGAAAAGAAAGCAUGAUGAGUGAUGUCAAAAAUGGGCAAAUCAAUUGUGGAGGCAAUGCUGCUGCACCAUUGUCAAAGAGGCAAUUCAGAGAUGAAAGAGAGGAUAGGAUAAGCUACUUGCCCGAAGAGUUGAUUACUCGUAUCUUUGAUCGUCUGCCAAUUCAUGAUGUAGCAAGAACAAGUAUCCUUUCAAGAGCUUGGAGAAAUUUUUGGCCUGAGUAUCCUGUCGUAGCUCUUGAUAGGGAAUUUAAUUCUCGGCUGACUUCCAGUAAAGAGAUAACCACACACAAAUCUGAAUUUAUAAAGGCCUUCAAAAUGAUUAUCUCAUCUCACACUGGCCCCAUACAGAAAUUUAAUCUGUACACUACCCCUGUGCUUCGCCACUGGUCUAUUCAUCAGGGGAUAAUUCGACAAUUAUCAGGCAAGGGUGUUAAGGAAAUAUAUCUUUACUUUGAAAAGCUGGAGGUCUAUCCACUUUCCCCUGCAUUGUUUGAUUGUCAUAAGUUGACUCGGUUAUUUCUCCAUCACUGUAUUGUGGGUCCAUCCAUUGAUACUCGAAGCUUCACUAAUCUGACAGAAGUUCUACUCUCCGCCAUCUCAUUUCCACGUGACAUGACAUUCGGAACACAACUUCAGGUUUUGUAUCUGCGAAACUGUAUAGGAAUUGAACACCUAACCCCCCAAUUCAUAAGUGGUAACCAUUUACGAAGACUCUUUAUUGUUACUAGUACUACAAUUGAGUGGAAAUGGUUCCAAAGUACCACAAAACUCAAAUUCCUAGGUCUUGCAUUGAAGGCUUCAAAUUCCAACAUCAAAGGAGCGAGCAAAUUGAUCGAGCUUCUAAGUAAGAUUCCUCAUUUUAGUAACUUAUCACUUGAUGGUACCACCCUCGAGGUUUUCGGACCACCUCCUCCAGAUUUGGCAAGGCCUGCAACAAAAGCGAUUGAGUUGAGAAUUUCAACAUUGACGGUGUUCCGGCUUAAAAUGCAUAAUUUUUGCCAGAUCUUAAAUCUUGUUUACAUUAUCAGAAGUUGUCCCAACUUGGAAGAUAUUUGCAUAAUGCUGGCACUUGAAAGAGUGAAGAGUUCGACUCCUGAAGAAUCAACGAUCGAUAAUUAUUUCGCAUCACUGGAUUCGAAAGACAUGUGUCUGGACCAACUCCAAACUGUAAAAAUUAAGGGCAUCCAGUAUUCAAGAUUCGUCCAAAAUUUCAUCAAACUUCUGCUUGCUUCUUCACCUUCACUUAAAGUGAUUUCACUUUCCUGCAACACAAAAAUUACCAGUCUGGAAGACAAGUUGAAAAUUAAAAGAGAUUUGCGGAAAAUCCACAGAUUAUCCUUAGAUGCACAAGUCAUCUGGUGCUAGUUAAUUAUUCCUGUUUGUAAUCUUGCGUUGGGUUGACAUGUGUCUUGAGACCUUUUCAAUUAUUUUGAGUAUUGAAAUAAAUUUCAAACCAUUUAGCAUCAUCUGUUAAGUAGCUAGUAAUGCUAGGUGCAGAUGACAAUGGGCAGAGUUUUUGUAAAAUUCAAAUUCAGAUAUUCUGUGGUUUUAAAAGUAUGAGUUUCGGAGGAUAGCAUUUCAGGACCAAACUUUGUAGCCGAGUGAAGCUGUUGCAAUGAAUGAAGAACCAAAUUCAGGUUGUGAAUUCAAAGACCUUUCGUCUCUUUUCCCCGGCGACGGCAUCGGACCUGAGAUCGCCGAGUCCGUUAGACAGUACAUAAACACCGGGGAUUAGUUUUCUCCAUCUGGUUACUCAAGAUUUUACAAGGCUUUUUCUCAGUAUGGAGAAGGAAACAGUUCCAUUAGCUGAGGGUGAUCUAGGGAAGCUACAACUGAAGUCCAAUGAGUUAGAAGUUAUCACCAAUCCAUCUAAUGUAUUGGAGUUCAGUACUUCGGUUCUCCCCAAAGUCAUCUAUGCAAGACUGUUGUCAGGAAAAACUAUAAACAAAAUUGGAUUGAAGAACUUGUUCGAGUCUAUAUGGCAGGGCAAAGCGGGUGUGAAGGUAGAGGAUUACACUGAUGGCAUUAUUAUUCUUAAUUUUGAUUCGGAAGCGGUAAAGAAUAGAACAAUUAGAGGGCAACCAUGGGCCUUCGGAGGAAGUUAUCUAAUUUAGUUGAGGUUGAUGCUAUGACUCAAGUAAAUACAGAAUCUUUUCACAAAAUCCCCUUCUGGGUACAAGUACACGGGAUCCCCCCAGGUCUCCUUGUGAAGCCUUAUGGCGAAAGAUUGGGCAAGGAAAUAGCCAACUCAAUGGGCGAUUUCAUGGAGUUUGACCCCACAUGUCAGAGCAGCUUCAUGCGGUUUAGAGUAGGUUUGGACUCCACAAAAGCUCUACUCAGGGGAAAAUUUCUGAAUUUAGACAAGAACAAGGACAACAUAUGGGUCUCAUUCCGAUACGAGAGGUUACCUAAGUUCUGCUCCUUUUGUGGUCACAUAAAUCAUAUCCAGAAAGACUGUGCAGCGUUGGUCGAAGAGCUGGAGAGGGGACACAAACCAACACUUCAGUAUAAUGUAUCACUAAAAACUACUGGGUUAAACUAUGGCCCAUACCAGAUGGAGAGUCAAGUGCAGGAGCUAGAUCCAAAUCAGAUUUCAGUGAGUGUUGACUCUACUAGAAUGGUUCCAAAUGCAGAAAUAGUGGACUCUAACACUAAGCGGUUGAAAACUGGAGCUACUGGUUAUGGUGAAAGUGUAGGAGUCGCAGCAAACUUAAAAAAUAAAAAAGCUGUGGAAGAGGCGGGCAAUGGUCGCCAAAGCCUAUAAAAAAGGAUACAAAAGGAAGGACAGGAAGAUAACCCACCCGAAGUAAAGAAGAAAUGAACAGAAUAAGCUCCGUUAAUUGAGGCUAAAGAGGAAUGGGAAUUUUGAUAAGCAGCAAAAGAAAGUGAAACUAAAAUAAAAGGAGCCAAGAAUAGUAGUUGGCUUCCCUAGCAGGUUUAAGUUUUAGUUUGUAAAUAAGGUCGGUAAAGGCCAGAAAAAGCACUUCACAUGUGGAUUUUCGUCUUGUAUUGACAAGGAAAUAAAGUAUGAUUUGGUUUC